AUGAAGCUCCCCGUAAUUUUUCUGCUCUUGCUCAUCUUAUCCACCAUAAAUUGCACCCAACUGGAAUCGGUGCAAAAAUUUGUGGCCAACUUCAAAAAUCUGGCUUCCCAGGGAAAUUUCACGGCGCUCCAAAAUUUGAUCUACCCCGAAAUUCACUACAGUAUCGCGUCGCGUGGCAUCAAAGAGGCUUUUCGUGCAAAUUUUCUGCGGCGCCUCAGGAGCCGCGAGAUUACGGUAUUUAAAGGCGCAUCCGAGAAUGAUGCUUUGGAGAUCAAAAAUUAUCAUAGUGCAAUUUAUGUGGUUCAAAUAUUGGCGGGCUCUGGAAAAUCGAUCAAAUAUGCUCUAUUGAAAAAUGCUGACGUGGAUGAUGGAUUGCAGCUCUUGGAGUAUAAUGAGACGGACUAA